CACUGGAGACGGAGAGGCUCUCAGUUCUGAACCUGCCGGAAGCAAAGAUGGAACAAGUCAGCCUCGCCACGAAAACAGCCAGCAGUGUCAUCACGUGCAAGGCAGCUGUUGCCUGGACAGCAAAUGCCCCUCUAUCCAUCGAGGAGGUUCAAGUUGACCCACCAAAGGUUGGCGAGGUUCGAAUUAAGAUUAUAUCUGCCGGACUCUGUGGUACUGAUAACCACAUCCUGGAAGGGAAAAACAAAGUACCGCUUCCUGCCAUCUUGGGCCAUGAAGGAGCUGGGAUUGUGGAGAGUAUCGGACAAGGCGUAACUACCUUAAAGCCAGGAGAUAAAGUCUUAACGUUGCCUCUUCCGGAAUGUAGAGAAUGUGUCUAUUGCCUCCACCCUAAGGGCAACUUCUGUAAGAAAGAGAAUAUUCUCUUUCCAACUGGAUUAAUGUUGGAUGGAACCAGCAGAUUUACCUGCAGAGGGAAGAAAAUCUAUCAUCUUUACGGGACCAGUACAUUCACAGAAUAUACUGUGGUAGAUGAAAUUGCCCUGGCAAAGAUUGAUGAUGCCGCUCCAAUGGAUAAAGUCUGUAUCUUAGGCUGUGAGGUGCCGACAGGCUUUGGAGCUGUGUUUAAUACAGCACAGGUCACCCCUGGCUCCACCUGUGUGGUGUUUGGACUCGGAGGGAUCGGCUCUGCCAUCGUCAUGGCCUGCAAAGCCUCUGGUGCUUCUAGAAUCAUCGGGGUUGACAUCAAUGAGCAGAAGUUUCCCCGGGCAAGAGCCUUGGGCGUCACUGAUUGUCUCAACCCUAACAAGCUCAAGAAACCUGUCCAGGAGGUGGUGAUGGAAAUGACUGGUAUUGGUGCUGACUUUGCAUUCGAGGCCAUCGGCCUCAUUGAAACCAUGGUUGCAGCUUUGAAGUCAUGCGUUGUGAGCUACGGGGUGUGUGUGAUUAUGGGAGUAGCUCCCUCAGGGUCACAGAUCUCUUUCGACCCAGGAGUGCUUCUUCCUGGGAGAACCUUGAAAUCUUCUGUUAUGGGAGGGUAUAAAACCAGAGAUGGCAUCACUAAAAUAGUAACUGACUACUUACAAAAAAAAAUCAACACAGAUGCUCUUAUAACCCAUAAGCUGCCUUUUGAAAAAAUCAAUGAAGCGUUCAAAGUAUUACGAGAGGGAAACUGCAUCCGCUGCAUCCUCACGCUCUAAGACCCUGACAAUGGCGGCACAUUAGCAUCCUCAGCAGGGCUCUGUGGUGCUUCUUCACCUCCUUGAAGAUUAAAUUGCAACCUAU